AUGGAGCCAGAGCUCUGCUAUGAGUCAAGCAAUGCUUCAUGUCUGAGGACAGUCUAUCCCAUGCCACUACGUGUUGCCCUCUAUGUGAUUUUAGGGGUCAUAAUCAUUCUAACAGUGUGUGGAAACCUUUUGGUCACUUUCUCAGUGGCUUAUUUUAAGCAGCUCCAUACUCCAACAAAUUACCUGAUUUUCUCUCUGGCUAUGUCUGACCUGCUUUUAGGGAUAAUAGUCAUGUUUCCUGGUAUGAUUCGAUAUAUAGAGACUUGUUGGUAUUUUGGGGACUUGUUCUGUAAAGUCUACAUGAGUUCUGAUGUCACAUUGAGUACAGCAUCAAUUAUCAAUCUGUCCUUCAUAUCAGUUGACCGAUACUACGCUGUUUGCCAACCUCUGCUUUACAGAAGUAAAAUAUCUGUUAAUGUUGUUUUGAUCAUGAUCCUGAUCAGUUGGAGUAUUUCAGUUGUUGUAGGCUUUGGAACGAUUUUUCUAAAGUUAAAUAUUUUGGGUGUUGAAGAGUUUUAUUAUAAACAUGUUGUUUGUGAAGGAGGAUGUGUUUUGUUUCAGAGUGGAGUGUCUAGUACUGUCUCAUCUGUGAUUUCCUUUUACUUGCCCGGGAUAAUAAUGGUUGGUGUUUAUGUGAAGAUUUUUCUUGUGGCGCAGACACAGUUUCGCAGCAUACAAAAUGCAGGAUGUGUGAACUCAGUAAAAAUUUCAAACACAAGCCAGACAAAAGCCACUAAAACCCUGGCUAUCAUAAUGGGGGUUUUUCUUUGUUUUUGGACUCCAUUUUUUAUUGUUAACAUCAUUGAUCCUUAUGUCGGUUACUUAAUACCCCCUGAAUUGUUUGAAACCCUUUUAUUGUUGGGCUACUUGAAUUCUACUGUGAACCCUAUGAUUUAUGCAUUCUUUUAUAGUUGGUUCAGAAAGGCGUUUAGAUUAUUAACCUCAGGUUACAUCUUUAAAUCUGACAUUUCUGAGACAACACUUUUCACUGAAUAA